AUGUCUUUAAUACGAUUAACUGGUUUAUGUUCGUUUCAAUCGAUAAUAAUUCGUACGGCUACAAGAAGUGCAACAAAGGAUGGAAGCAAGCCGACAACAGCUAAAGUUGAUGAUGAAACAUUUUUGAAUGAUGCACCAACAGAAAAUGAAGCUCCAGAGGAUUUAGCAACAUCAACAGGUCGUGAAAGAUCAUUAAAUCGUAUACAAUUAAUAGGUCGAGUUGGUGCAGAUCCUAAAGUUGGUGGUACCAAACAACAUAAAGUAGUUACAUUUAAUUUAGCAACAAAUGAAUAUGCAGGAACAAAUAUGACAAGUGGAGAAAUAAAACAACGUGUUGAUUGGCAUCGUAUUGCUAUAUUUCAACCACGUCUAUUAGAUAAUGCUGAAAAAUAUAUUCGUCAAGGUGAUAGAUUAUAUAUUCAAGGUCGUCUUCAUCAUAAUGUAAUUAAAGAUAAGCAAACAAAUCAAGAUCGUUAUGUAACAAGUAUUAUUGCUGAUGAUAUGAUAUUUUUGGCUAAGAAAUAA